AUGUCCAGGGCGGAACCAUGCCGCGAUCAGAGCCAAGGUGCCGCCACAUCCACACCCACAGAGACUACGACUGCUGCGCCGAAGAGAAACGCCUUCACCGAACUCCUUUCCGCACGCAACAAGCAGCCCAAGCAUGCGAGCGCCGUUCCAUCGACCAAAGACGCGCCAAAACGCAGAAUGGGUUCUUUCCCAGGACGAGAUGGACUAGGAGCCUAUCUUGAAAAGCCAGACUCUUAUCCAUCUAGCGUCGUUGUCUAUUACAAUCCAGAUUUCGUCGCAAUCCACGACAUGUUCGAGAAAUCUUCGCUACACCUACUCCUCCUUCCACGCGACCAAACUAAGAACAGACUUCAUCCCUUCGACGCCUUUGAAGACUUCGAUUUCCUCGCAAAAGUCAAGUCCGAAGUGCAGAAGCUGCGCAAACUGGCAGCGGCCGAAUUGCGCCGCAAAUACGGGAAGUACUCGGCGCAGGAACAGGCGCGACUAGCUGCUCUCAAUGCCGAUCCACCGCCAGAUGAGCUGCCGGAGGGACGUGAUUGGGAAAAGGAAAUCAUAUGCGGGGUACACGCUGUUCCGUCCAUGAGCCAUCUACAUGUGCAUGUCAUUUCGGUAGAUCGGCAAAGUGAGAAGUUGAAGCAUCGGAAGCAUUACAAUAGUUUUGCGACGCCGUUCUUCGUACCCAUCGAGGACUUUCCUCUGGCUCCGGAUGACGAACGGCGGCACCCGACCCGGCAAGGGUAUUUGAAGCAGGACUUCAAGUGUUGGCGCUGUGGGAAAGACUUUGGAAACCGUUUCACUGAGUUGAAGAAGCAUCUAGCAGAGGAGUAUGAGGAAUGGAAGAGACUGUGA